UACUUAGUAUUUCUGGCUUGCUUCACAGCGGUCUGCUGUUAGGUGGUCUUAUGAUCGGGUUUUAGGUUAUAAAAUAAGUGUUUUUUAAUUUACUGAAAUACGUUUUUAUUAUUUUAUUGCUUUUUAUUUCAUUUUUAUUUCAACCGAGUCGACUGUUUCCGACCGAAACCCCCACGCGAUUUGUGUGUUUCUUCUUAUCUACUUCUCUGUCGUUGGAAAACAAUGAAAUGAAGGCCUAGCGUUACUAGUUAAUCGGCAAAAUAGCGAACGUCAGCUAACUAAAUCAGAUAAUCUGCUAGCCUGUGUGGGAUUUCAAUUGAUGACUGUAUUAAUCAUCGACAUUACACUGUGAAAUCAAAUCAGGUAUGUCGUCCCAGCUCCAGGUGUUCUCUGCUCCCUCCAGCUCUUCCAGCGCAUUUUGUCGUGUCAAGAAGAUGAAGGUGGAGAACUGUGUUUGGGACGCUUCCUCUGACUGCCCAUACGGUUCCGUGGGGGGGCAGCAGGGAGUAGGCGGUUACUCCUUCACCCCUGCACUAGGCAUGGCGGUGCCCCCCUUCGCCCCCUCUGCGUUAGUGUUCCCUCCCGCCCCAGGCUCCCGUGGCCAGGUGGUGGUCAGGCCAGCGGACAGCACGGGCAACCUCCCCCGGGGUUCCAGUCGCCGCCUCAACGACCAGUACACGCACCCCUCACACACAAACUCUGAGACGGCCAGCAUGGGGAACGGGAUGCGACGACAGGGCCAGAAGAGGAAGAAUGACGAGGUCGUCAAAGGGAGCGGGAGCGGCUGUGGGAGUGUUCAGAUCUUAGAGGAGCUCUCUGCCCCUCCUCCCGUCUUCUCUACGCGUACGGGAGGAGGAGGAGGAGGAGGGGGUACGGGCCAGUCCAUCCCCCACUCGGCCACCACCACCAAGAGCUCCAGCUCCAGUGGAGAAGGGGACUACCAGCUGGUGCAACAUGAGAUUCUGUGUUCGGUCUCCUGUAGUUAUGAGGUGCUGGAGUUCCUGGGGAGAGGGACCUUCGGUCAGGUGACCAAGUGUUGGAAGAGGGGAACCAAUGAUAUCGUGGCCAUCAAGAUCCUCAAGAACCACCCCUCGUACGCACGACAGGGUCAGAUCGAGGUGGGCAUCCUGAACCGUCUGAGCGCGGAGAACGCCGACGAGUUUAACUUUGUGCGUUCCUACGAGUGUUUCCAACACAAAGGUCACACCUGCCUGGUGUUCGAGAUGCUGGAGCAGAAUCUGUAUGACUUCCUGAAGCACAGCAAGUUCAGCCCCCUGCCGCUACAACACAUCAGACCCAUACUGCAACAGGUGGCGACGGCGCUGAUGAAGUUGAAGUCUCUGGGUCUGAUCCAUGCUGACCUGAAGCCAGAGAACAUCAUGCUGGUGGAUCCACUCAGACAGCCCUACAGGGUCAAGGUCAUCGACUUCGGCUCAGCCUCACACGUCUCCAAGGCUGUCUGCUCAACGUACCUGCAGUCACGAUACUACAGGGCUCCAGAGAUCAUCCUGGGCUUGCCGUUCUGUGAGGCUAUAGAUAUGUGGUCUCUGGGCUGCGUUAUAGCUGAGCUGUUCCUGGGGUGGCCCCUGUACCCCGGGGCCUCGGAGUACGACCAGAUCCGGUACAUCUCCCAGACCCAGGGCCUGCCUGCAGAGUACCUGCUGAGUGCCGGCACCAAGACAAGCCGCUUCUUCAAGAGAGGACCUGACUCCAGCUACCCCGUCUGGAGAAUCAAGGCCCCUUCGGACCACGAGGCUGAGAUGGGCAUCAAGUCCAAGGAGGCUCGUAAAUACAUCUUCAACUGUCUGGACGACAUGAUGCAGGUCAACCUAUCGUCUCACCUGGAGGGGACGGACAUGCUUGCGGAGAAAGCUGAUAGGCGGGAAUUCAUCGACCUGCUGAAGCGGAUGCUUCGAUUGGACGCUGACAAGAGGAUCACGCCCACUAAGACGCUGGGUCAUCCCUUCGUCACCAUGAGUCACCUGCUGGACUUCCCUCACAGCUCCCAUGUGAAGUCUUGUUUUCAGAACAUGGAGCUUUGUAAACAUAGGAGCUCAUCGUUCGACAACAACAACAACAAAACUCUCUUCUCUACGAACACUCUUCCUAGUGCUGCCGCCGGCAACCUCACUGUCACCUUCAGCAGCCAGCUGAGCCAGCACAACCAGGUCCCGUCAGCAGGGGGCGCUGUUCCUCUCAUGAACUACCAGCCGGCCCUGUACCAGCAGGCCACCAUCAACAUCCCUGGUCUGGCCCAGCAGAGUGUCCCCGUGCAGGCACGCCCCACCGGCCUGGCCUGCCAAACUGAGCCCUUCCAGCAGACUCUCAUCGUCUGCCCACCAAACACCAUACAAGGUCUCCAGUCAUCCAAUAAGAGCUCUAGUUUCCCAGUGAGGAUGAACAGUUCAGCCCCCAUAGUGAACCAGAACCAAUCAACACAGCCACUGCAGCUGCAGCCUGCCAUGCUCACACAGGGCUCCUGCACACCCCUGAUGGUAGCCACCCUCCACCCCCACCCCCCCACGGUAGCGGGCGUAGCCCCCCAGUACUCUGUUCCCCUGGGGCUGGGCUGUGAUGCUGGCCACCCCACUCUGCUGGAGCACACUGCCACCGUGCUGCAGGCUUGGCCCGCCGGCACCCAGCAGAUCCUCAUCCCGUCGUCAUGGCAGCAGGUUCCUGGCGUGGCCAUCCACGGCGCCGCCCACCAGACGGUUGUCGCGGAGUCUCCCGUAGAGACGCUCCAUCCGGACACAGCCCAGCACACAAACAGCUGGAGGGGGUCUCAGUACAGGGGAGUACUUCAGCAGAGUCAAUCGACCUCUGACCCUAGCCGGGGUCAGGCCACCCAGAGGUCACAGCAGGAGAGGAGCGGAGCUGGGAAGAGGGCCAAGGGUCGCCGCGGCAACAACAGAACCACCAGGGGUGUGUCCGGUGUGUCGCUGCUCACCAACGCCAUGCUGACUCCGCCCACCUGCAGUGUGGCAGCUCUCUCUCAGCCAAUCAUCAUCUCAGACACGCCCAGCCCGGCGGUCAGCGUCAUCACCAUCCACAGCGACUCAGACGAAGAAGACGAGAGGAAGUUCCACCCCGCCAGCUGUGGUCCGGCUCAGAGGACUAAUGUGAUCAGCUGUUUGACGGUCCACGACUCUGACUCCUCCACGGCCAGCCCCCUCACCCCCCGCCUCCUCGCCGGCUCCAGCACUCUCACACACCUCCGGGGAGGGGGGACGUCUAUGGGCAGGUCACUGGCCGUGGUGGCACCAUCUGUCAAGACCCAGCCGACUGAGACGGGGCAACUCCAGAGCUCCUACAUCAAGCCCAAGCGGGCCAAUCGACAACCCUGUAGUGGUGACAACAGCGACCGCCAUAAGCUUGUCCCCAGCCAAUCACAUCCUCUCAACCUCAGCCAGGUACAGCCUGUAGUCUCAUCCUCAUCCUCAUCUCAGGACCGUUCCCACGGCAGCCUGCGUCGCCAGGCAACCUACCCCCCUAGCCCCGCUUCCCACUACACCUUUCAGGAAGCGCCCUCCCUAAGCACCGCCCCCAGCCUCUACACCUUUCCCGCCUCCGCAGCGCUAGCCUCCGCCUCUCAGGCCAUGGAACAGUUCCUGGGGCGUGGCCACCCCACCCCUUCCACCUACGCCCCUCCCACCGUCUCUUACGGAGCCUCGGGGUUGGCCCGGAGUGACGCAGCGACCAGGAAGGAGUCUUCGGUGGGGUCAGGGAUGAUCCAUGGGGUGGGGCUUCCUGCAACCUAUCAGCACCAGUUUACUGCUGGGCCCCCAUACAUUAGUGUGAGGCCCCGGGCUGAAGCCUACAGCGCAUACCAGCUCAGCCCUCGACGGUUGGGACAGUACCCUUACUUAUGAUGAGACGUGGGGGCGCUUUCAGCAGCAUGCAACGUUUUGGACCGUUCAGAUAGAAAAAUCCUAUGUAGAACAAACGUGUCUGUGAAUUGCAGAUCACAUUAGAGCUGGGAUGAUAAACCAAAAAAUUAUUGACACCGACUAUACCCGACCACUUAUCGCAGACAUUUUGUUAAUAUCGUUCAUUACAAUAUAAGUAGCCUCUAAUAGAGAAAUGUGAAGUUUGAAAUGAAAUAAGUUUACUAAUAUGGGUGAUUGUUGAUAGAACAAUUGAUGGCUACAAACAUCAAACUAGUAGUAGUUUAAAGGCCCAGUGCUGCCGUUUUUAUCUCAAUAUCAAGUCAGUUCUGGGUAACAAUUAAGUACCUUACUGUGAUUGUUUUCAAUUCAAAUAAUCUAAAAUAAACAGAAAGCUAAAUAGCAAAGAGCAAUUUCUCAAGCAAGGAUUUUGCUAGGACUGUCUGGGAGUGGUCUGACUGGGGAGGGGGAAACUGAAAACUAGCUGUUAUUGGCAGAGAGUUUUUGGAACUCUUUCUUAUUGGUCUAUUAACUAAUUAACCACCUGGUGAUGUCACCAGACACGCUCAAAACUCCACCCCACCAAAAACAGGCUGACAUUUCAGGCGGGCUUUUCAAACAGUUUUUACAUUUAAAGGGCAUUAUCAUAUUUUUUUUUUUUUUUUUUUUUACAAUUUCACAGUGUUAUUCCAACCACACAGGGAAAAAACGUUUUAGGCUACACUGGGCCUUUAAAAGAUAUUAAAACUACAUAGGAGUUUUUAUUGUGCCAUAGUCGUUUCUGGCUGACUCUUACUGUGUCAUUCGUUUUUGGUUCUAUGGAUUGUAAUGCUACUUCCUGUUGCUAGUGGUGACACUUUUGAUUUUAGAACCCCUGGGAAUAUGUUGUUCUUCCUGUUGUUCUUCCUGUUGAUUUGUGUAUUUUACUCUACUUUCUAUUUACCUUUGUCAGAUCAAUUCAGGUCAUUUAUCCCGAUGUGGAUUUUUUUUUUUGUCCUUAUCGCCCAACUCUAGAUCUCGUCGACACUAUUCAUGACAUUUAUUUUAAAUCUGAAACGUUGGGACAACGUUUUGCAACUGAACGUGGCUACGGUAGAGCAGAAUACCUACUGAUGAUGUCAUGAUACUGGGGCUAGAGAUGGGGGGAGGGGGAGGGGGGCGAUAAUGUGUAGGACUAUGGCUCUCACACACACUCUCUGAAGGGGCAAUAAGACCCCCCCACUUCACCUUGUGGAUAAAUCAGGGAGGGCUAUGGAAAAGGGUGGGGGGGUACCUUUGAAUUUUUGCACUACUGCAUUUUAUUUACUGUUAAGCAGUGGUUCACCUCAAACUGGUUUUAACAGUGUUCUGUUAAGCAGUGGUUCACCUCAAACUGGUUUUAACAGCGUUCUGUUAAGCAGUGGUUCACCUCAAACUGGUUUUAACAGUGUUCUGUUAAGCAGUGGUUCACCUCAAACUGGUUUUAACAGUGUUCUGUUAAGCAGUGGUUCACCUCAAACUGGUUUUAACAGCGUUCUGUUAAGCAGUGGUUCACCUCAAACUGGUUUUAACAGCGUUCUGUUAAGCAGUGGUUCACCUCAAACUGGUUUUAACAGUGUUCUGUUAAGCAGUGGUUCACCUCAAACUGGUUUUCACAGCGUUCUGUUAAGCAGUGGUUCACCUCAAACUGGUUUUAACAGCGUUCUGUUAAGCAGUGGUUCACCUCAAACUGGUUUUAACAGUGUUCUGUUAAGCAGUGGUUCACCUCAAACUGGUUUUAACAGUGUUCUGUUAAGCAGUGGUUCACCUCAAACUGGUUUUAACAGCAUUCUGUUAAGCAGUGGUUCACCUCAAACUGGUUUUACAGCGUUCUGUUAAGCAGUGGUUCACCUCAAACUGGUUUUAACAGUGUUCUGUUAAGCAGUGGUUCACCUCAAACUGGUUUUAACAGUGUUCUGUUAAGCAGUGGUUCACCUCAAACUGGUUUUAACAGCAUUCUGUUAAGCAGUGGUUCACCUCAAACUGGUUUUAACAGCAUUCUGUUAAGCAGUGGUUCACCUCAAACUGGUUUUAACAGCAUUCUGUUAAGCAGUGGUUCACCUCAAACUGGUUUUAACAGCAUUCUGUUAAGCAGUGGUUCACCUCAAACUGGUUUAAACAGUGUUCUGUUAAGCAGUGGUUCACCUCAAACUGGUUUUCACAGCGUUCUGUUAAGCAGUGGUUCACCUCAAACUGGUUUUAACAGCAUUCUGUUAAGCAGUGGUUCACCUCAAACUGGUUUUAACAGCAUUCUGUUAAGCAGUGGUUCACCGCAAACUGGUUUUAACAGCAUUCUGUUAAGCAGUGGUUCACCUCAAACUGGUUUUAACAGCGUUCUGUUAAGCAGUGGUUCACCUCAAACUGGUUUUAACAGCAUUCUGUUAAGCAGUGGUUCACCUCAAACUGGUUUUAACAGCAUUCUGUUAAGCAGUGGUUCACCUCAAACUGGUUUUCACAGCGUUCUGUUAAGCAGUGGUUCACCUCAAACUGGUUUUCACAGCGUUCUGUUAAGCAGUGGUUCACCUCAAACUGGUUUUAACAGUGUUCUGUUAAGCAGUGGUUCACCUCAAACUGGUUUUAACAGCGUUCUGUUAAGCAGUGGUUCACCUCAAACUGGUUUUAACAGCAUUCUGUUAAGCAGUGGUUCACCUCAAACUGGUUUUAACAGCAUUCUGACCUUUUGUAGUAGUAUUAUUAUUAUGUGAUAUUGUACUGUUAUUUUUCCCAGCAGAAAAAGUAUAAUUGUUUUGUUUUAUCCCUGUUUUAAUUGGAUGUAGAUUGAGGCGUUCUGGUUUUUAAUAUCAUAUAUACUAUAAAUUGUGUUUAUUUAAAAGGCUUUGUGUUUUAAAGGACACUAGUCUCCUCUAGGGGUCCAGUCAGUGAGCUGAAACACAGAGUACUGGAGAUACAAAAUGUGUUUCUAUACCAUAUGAAAUGUAAGGAUCAGGAUGCAUAUGAAAUGCACUUCCAUAUGAAAUGUAGGAAUAUGACACUAGUCUGUGUUCUACAUGGCAGAAAUGUACAGUAUAUAACAGCUAUGCAGGUCUGUGAGCUAUCUGUAGCGUUGCAGCCUUCUGAGUAGGCCCUAGCUGUGUCUCCUUGCAAUAGGAGAGCCCAUUGUCUCACGUCAGAUGGCGUCACUCCUACGCGACGCUCGUCCCUCAACCGAGUUUUGUUUUUUGAGUGCAGACGGCCGUCAGCGCUAUCUGACGUCAGACAAUGUAGGCGAGCCUAGAAAGGCGUAGCUAGAGAAACGGCACACCUAGCUAGGGAGAUGCUACUGCUAGCUAAUUAGCUAGCUAGCUAGAUAUGCUAGCUAAUCUUAAGAAAACCUACAGGAGACCUUUGUAGCCUAACUAUAGCACAGCUAGCUAGAGAGAUGCCAGCUUUUAGCUAACCCAAGGCCGGUCUAAAGGUGAUCCAAGUAUCUUUAGCAUGGCAGGCUAGCUAGAGGAAUGCUAGCUACUUGCUAAUUUAAACAAAGCACUUAAGGUGAUUCUGUUUUCGUCCUCAUGCUAGCCAGCAGUAGCCACAUGCUGGCUAGCAUGAGGGAAAAAAACGUCUCAGCAGUGUCUUAAUCUAAACAAAAGCCCUUUCCAACCAUAUAGCAGAGCGUAUAAGGUUGGAAUCUUCUAGCUUCCCUAAAGGUGAUUUGUGUGUCUUUAGCAUGGCUGGCUAACUAGCUAGAGAUGCUAGCUAUAUGCUAACCUAAAUAACUUCUAACGGUGAUCCUUGUGUCUUUAGCACCCUUAUAUAGCCCAAACUAAUCCAGUGACAUCCAUAAUAUGGUCUGAUAAUAUUUGUAUUAUAUUAUUUUACAUAUAGCCUAACUCCUGUGUUUUUAGUUCUACAUGUUCGAAAUUCUAAGUUCUAAACUUCUCUAUUGUGAGUUUAAAUUAUGUUUUGUCGUUAAUGUGAGCUGUCACACAAGACGGUCUUGUUGGUGGCUCAUGCCGCACCUGAUGGAUGGUAAGACGUUUGAAUGGAAGGAGAGGGAGACAGACAUGUAUGGUUGUUUGACACUGAUGUUAUGGAUCAUUUCAUUUAAAUCAUUAGCAUGUUGUAUGUAGUCUAUUCUGUCACAGCCUGGUAACGAUGUAGUGUAUUCUGUCACAGCCUGGUAACGAUGUAGUUAGUCUAUUCUGUCACAGCCUGGUAACGAUGUAGUCUAUUCUGUCACCACAGCCUGGUAAUGAUGUAGUCUAUUCUGUCACAGCCUGGUAACGAUGUAGUCUAUUCUGUCACAGCCUGGUAACGAUGUAGUCUAUUCUGUCACAGCCUGGUAACGAUGUAGUCUAUUCUGUCGCAGCCUGGUAACGAUGUAGGGAGACAGUCACACUAGUCUUUACACAAGCACAUUCAGUUGAGCACAGUUUAAAGUAUUUUAAAUGAUUUCAAAUAGUAAUUGAACCCAGGUCUUCACAUGACAAACUGAGCGUUUUAAUGUUUGUUUUUCGGACUGUAAUAACAAGGCCGAACGAUGGAAAGUCACACACACAGAACUUAAACUGACCUACUGAAAACGAUUUGGUUCAUUUUGGUCACCUGUGGUUUAGAUAGAAGUGCGUUAUCACUCUCGGACGGAACUCUCCCAGUGUUCUAUUGUGACUGAAGGUUCCUACUGCUGUUAAUGGAAUCAUUUUACUGGUUCUGCAGAGAACCUCAGAAUGUCUUCAUCUGGGUGGAGUUGUUUAUAGUUUUCAAAACACUCACUGGUCUUUUUCUUGAUACUGUAGUGUCUUGUCUUGUCAUUAUGUUGCACAAUGCAUUUAAGUAACGAUUAGGUUAUUGGUGAGGAUAAUGUCAACAUCAAAUCAACCCAAUCACUGUUUUCAAAUAAAUUACCCAGAAGUC